CUGCUUAACUCUUUUCAACUGAGUGCUGCAGUCGAGUUGAUUUUGAACAAAGUUCCUGUGUCGGUUAAAAGACCACAAAUAGUAGAUGAAGAGUGAGUGAGACUGAAGUUAAAGGAUUUACUAAGUUUUUCUCCUUCCUCAAGCGAAUGAAAGGACAUCGCGGACGCUCGCCUCACCUGCGGCCAGGAGUAACACCUGCUUCAGUGCAACUCUCAUCCUCCCUUCUGGCCUGAAUAAGUGCAUGUUGGUGUCUUAAGGAGUGUUUUCAGCCAUGUGCUCCAGCGGGCAACCUCUGUGUGCGGGAAACAGACCCAGCAGUCGUGGGGGCUCCAGCUCUGGCUCUCAGUAUGCCCUGUGUGCUCUUGGCGUGGGUUUGGUGGCACUCGGAGUGGUCAUGAUCGUAUGGAGCAUCGUCCCUUCUGAAGCUGCACAGGUGCACAAUGUUACAGCCGCCAAUAAUGGAAGUACCAACACCGACCAAACCAAAACGUCAUCCAUCGCAUUUGUGCUUGUUGGCUCCGGGGCUGCCAUGCUCUUGCUCGCCAUAUGUUUAGGGGUGAGGAACAGGAAGCGGAGGAGACAGGGGGAAUCUGCAGGUGCGAACGGUGCUGAUUAUGUGGAUCAUGUGCGUAGAGUUCCGGAUGAGGACUCAGCUGAUGAAGCAGCACCAACCUACGAUGUUCCGACCUACGAGGAGGCAGUGACCAGCGGCCAGUACCCCAUUCGUCAGAGCAACUUACGCCAAAGCUACCAGCUACCCUCCUACGAAGAUCUGAUCACUGCUGUUGAAAAUGAAGGCCAGCCACCGAAAGAAGGUAACACCCAAGAAGCCCUUCAGCCUCCUCCAGGCCCCGAACCACAGCCUGCAGCCCCAGCUCGCAGCACCAGCAGAGCCAGCCGAAUCCUCAGACCCCUGCGGGUGCGCAGGAUCAAGUCCGAGAAGCUCCACGUCAAGGAUAUUCGCCUGAACAUCCAGAACCCUGCGCAGGGUGGAGUGGUGACCAUUGAACCACUGACUCCACCACCGCAAUAUGAGGACAAACCCCCUCAGCUGCCCACCGGAGCAGUAUAAUAAGUUCUGUGCACAAGCCUAAAGUUUUCCAUGGGUUCAAAAUAUGCCAAAUGAUGAAUUAGAAUAUGUUUGUGCGUGUGCACUGUCUCUGCGCUUUUUGGACAAAACACUAAAGCCUACUUGAAUGUGUUUCAGCAGACCUUUUCUUAUUUGAAGAGCAGUAUGUUGUUGUUGUUGUUGUUGUUUUUUAUUUGAAUCUAAAUGAGGAAGGAUAUGAAUGCCACUGAGCAGCUCUUGUGAGAGAGAGAGAUUCAUAGUUUACUUCCAAAGAACUACAAUGUACGUUGCUAAAGCUAAUAACAAUA